CAGGUCAUACGACUUCAACCCGAUACUUCUACAAGGAGUCCGCGGUUAUCCCGGAAUUCGUGCUCGUAUUAAUCAACGCACAUUCCAAUAUGCCAGUGGUCUGGUUGCCGAAGUACUGAACCAGCAAAUUAAGAAGGCCCGAAUUCCGCCAAUCACCCAGUGUAUUCCACAGGUGCAAGGAUGUGCGCGGGUCUACAAUCUCUAUGUGUCGCGAUAUCGCUGUCCACAGCGUGUCGUCCUCUAUCCGGCUCCACCGAACAGGAUAAUUCUACAAGUAGACAAUGUUGACAUAGGGGUUACCGGUAAUUUGGGGGGCCAAGUUGUGGUUCUUUUACCAAUCCCAUUAUCGGGAAUCAUACAAUUGAAUAUUCAGCAGGUAAUUUCCUUUAACAUUAAUCUGAUCAAUUUCAUUCGCUAUAAUAACUUUAACACUUUGGAAGUCGAUCUUCAUGACUCAUGCGAGCUGAGCAAAUCUAAAAAAAUGAAAGAGCUAGUAGGGAUUACUGUGGAGCUGAGCUUGGAGCGUGGACCAAGUGGUCCUUACGUGCGAAUCCUUUCGUGCAGCGUUCAGAUCGGAUACGCUGACGCUUACAUAGAAAAUGGCGGUCUCAUAGGGUAUAUCAUCAAUACACAAUUCAGAGUGAGGUUCUUCUUUUAA